AUCCUAUUAUUGCUUCACCAUGGUUACAGUUUAAUCGAGUUAGACCGCUCUCUUCUUCACACUGUUUUUCAGACCCGGAUGACUACAGCUUCUCUAUUAAAACCAACUACUAUAAGCAUGGAUUUCUUGUCGGAUCUAGACGCACAAAAGUACCGCGAGGACGGUUACCUGGUUCUUGACGGGCUGCUCACGCCGAAAGAAUGUGACGCUCUCAGGGAGCGGAUGGGCGAGAUUGUGAACCGAAUGGAUGUUCCACAACACUGUCGAAUCCAGUUCUCCACCAAUCACGACGAACAACUAAAAACACAGGGCAACGCAGACUAUUUUAUCACCAGUGGCGAUAAGAUCCGGUUCUUCUUCGAAAAGGGAGUUUUUAACGAUGAUGGGGAUUUCAUUGUGCCAAGGGAACGUUCCCUGAACAAAAUUGGGCAUGCUCUCCAUGCCUAUGAGCCUUUAUACAAGAACGUUACUCAUUCAGCCAAAAUUCAGGGUAUAUCAAAAAAAUUGGGCAUGAAGAGUCCUAUGAUUCUUCAGAGCAUGUACAUUUUCAAGCAACCAGGAAUUGGUGGAGAGGUGACACCCCACCAGGACGCCACCUUCCUGUACACUGAGCCCCUGGGGAGAGUGAUGGGGGUGUGGAUUGCCCUUGAGGAUGCCACCCUGGACAACGGCUGUCUCUGGUUCAUCCCGGGCUCCCAAAACAGUGGGAUCUCCCGAAGGAUGGUGCGAACAGCUGAAGGCACCUACCCCUUGACGGACUUCAUAGGCAGAGAGCAGAGCUAUGACGACAAGCUGUUCGUCCCUGCACCAGUCAAGAAAGGUGGGGUGGUUUUGAUCCACGGAGAGGUGGUCCACCGCAGUGCCCAGAACACUUCCGAUGCCUCCCGCCACGUCUAUACCUUCCACAUCAUGGACUCCCAGGACACCUGCUGGAGCCCCGACAACUGGUUACAGCCCACUGAGGAGCUUCCAUUCCCAGCUCUCUACACUUAGACGACCGUGCACACAGAAGGACAGGCGGCGGGAGGGAGAGAGAAACAGAGGACGUCUGAGUCUCCCUGGAACUGAACAGGACCAUGACAAAGCAAUAUUCUUCUACCAGCAGAUAGUAGUUAUAUUUGUAGGCCUUUUGACCAUAAAUGUAAUCCAAGUUAUGUAAUGCUAAAUACUAAGCAGAGCAUAGAGCAGGAGAUGGUUUUGGCUGAGGGGUCACAAUCUUCAGAGAUUAUAUUCAACAGGAGCAAUGGACCAAAAUGUAAAGUACAAUCCAUGGUGUGACAUUUCAUGAUUGGAUCAGAUCUUUUACUUUAGAAAAUAUUUUUAAAUAAAUGCAAAAUACUUUUGUCCGA